CAUGGAGCUGGACGACUUUGAUCCUGAAGACAAAGAGAUACUGAGCUGGGAUAUUAAUGACAUGAAACUGCCGCAGAAUGUGAAAAAGACCGACUGGUUCCAAGAGUGGCCUGACUCCUACGUGAAACACAUCUACAGCUCCGAGGACAGGAACGCACAACGCCACCUGAGCAGCUGGGCGAUGCGCAACACCAACAACCACAACUCCCGCAUCCUCAAGAAGUCCUGCCUGGGGGUGGUCGUGUGCAGCCGAGACUGUUCCACCGAGGAGGGCCGCAAGAUCUACCUGAGACCCGCCAUCUGUGACAAAGCCAGGCAGAAGCAGCAGAGGAAAUGCUGUCCCAACUGCAAUGGGCCGCUGAAGCUCAUACCCUGCAGAGGCCACGGAGGCUUCCCCGUCACCAACUUCUGGAGGCACGACGGACGCUUCAUAUUUUUCCAGUCGAAAGGAGAACACGACCACCCCAAGCCGGAAACCAAGCUGGAAGCCGAGGCCAGACGGGCAAUGAAGAAAGUGCAUAUGGCGUCUGCCUCCAGCUCCUUACGAAUCAAGGGGAGCCCUGAAACUAAGGCUCUCCCAGGUGAAAUACCGACUCAGGGAAGUUUACCUUUAACUUGGUCAUUCCAAGAAGGCGUCCAACUGCCCAGCAGCUACAGCACACCUUUAAUAGCUAACGCCCCCCAGCAGAACUCUCUGAAUGAUUGCCUAUCCUUCCCCAAGAGUUACGAUUUGGGGGGAACCACUGAGCUGGAAGAUCCAACUUCCACCUUAGACGCCACCAAGCUCUAUGAGAAAUACAAGUUCUCCGGCAGUAGGCUCUACGGCAGCGAAGACCAGUUUCAGCCUCCUGUGCCGGGGGCGUACCCAGAUUAUGACGAUCUGCAAGCCUGGAAUCGAAAUGUUGCCUUAGGGAGAAACCCUAAUGAUGACACCUACUAUCCCAGCUAUCCUCCUCUGCCUGUGACCAACUGGCCCUAUGACUUCUUCCCUUCCCAGAAUUCUUUGGAGCACUUCCCCCAGCAGCUUCCACUGGAACCUCCUGCAUCCCAAACUGGUGGCUAUCCCUUGUGGCCCAAUCCAGGAGACGAGCCUUAUGAAGAGAAAGUGCCUGUGGAUUUCAACAGCUAUGUGCCUUCCCUCACAUACCCCUCACCUCAGCAGGAACCCUUGCUGCUUGCCUACGGCUCUCAUCCUCAGCAGCAAUACUCAUUGCCAGCCAAGUGGGAUUUUGAUGAGGAGGUGGCACGCAUGGGCUUGGAGCACUUCAACAAUGAAAUGCUCCUCAACCUCUGUCCUUUGAGAUGACUCAAACCUCCCCUCCUUCCCCCUCCCCCAAUCAAGGAGGAAUGUCCUUA